CGUGUCUGUGCCACCACCCGCCGGCAGCGUCGAUUGCUUGAGCUCGGUCUUGCCUGGGUGCAGCUACAGGCAGCCCCCGUUGUAUUGGUAGCCUGUUAGGUGAUAGGCCACGGAACGGGCAGUCAGCUCGGUGCUUUUUUUUUGCGGAUCGGUUGGUUGGUCGGGACUGACCACGGUUCAAGCACCCUUGCUCAACUGCACCGUGCACAAUGGCCAACGUCGUGCUCAAAGAGCGCAAUCAAGACGCGACCGUGUACGUCGGUGGUCUCGAUGAUAAGGUGGACGAGGAGCUCGUGUGGGAGUUGUUUCUGCAGGCCGGCCCCGUUGUCAGCGUGCACAUGCCCAAGGAUCGCGUAUCAGGGGCACACCAGAGCUAUGGCUUUGUCGAAUUCUUGGGAGAGGAUGAUGCCGAGUAUGCCCUCAAAAUCCUCAACAUGAUCAACGUCUACGGCAAGCCCAUCCGCGUCAACAAGUCGGCCUCUCACUCCAAACACAUGGAGGUGGGCGCCAACCUUUACAUUGGUAAUUUGGCACCCGAGGUGGACGAGAAAUUGCUCUUCGACACGUUUUCGGCCUUUGGAGUCAUCCUGCAGCACCCCAAGGUCAUGCGCGACCUCGAGACUGGCCAUUCCAAGGGGUUUGCCUUUAUCAACUAUGCCACUUUCGAGGCCUCGGACGCCGCCAUCAAGGCCAUGCACCAGCAGUACCUUUGUAAUCGACCCAUCAAUGUCACCUACGCCUACAAGAAGGAUACCCAAGGCGAGCGUCACGGCUCACAGGCCGAACGCAUGCUUGCCGCUCAAAACCCCAUCAUCAAAUCACAACAAACUCCAAACCAGUUCUUCUCGGACAAUGCGGCUGGUGGUCCACCGAUGGGCGCUCCGCCACCGAUGGGUGCCCCGCCUCCAAUGGGCGCCCCGCCUCCAAUGGGCGCUCCACCCAUGGGCAUGGGCCCGCCGCCUGGCAUGCCUCCCAUGCGGGGCCCACCUGGCAUGGGCAUGGGCAUGGGCAUGGGACCGCCGCCUGGCAUGCCCCCCAUGCGAGGUCCGCCCGGGAUGGGCAUGGGCAUGGGCAUGGGCCCACCACCCGGGAUGGGCAUGGGCAUGGGACCACCACCUGGAAUGGGCAUGGGUAUGGGCAUGGGACCCCCUCGCGGUAUGCCACCACGUGGCAUGGGUCCCCCGCGCAGCAUGCCACCUCCCUCAGGCAUGGGCGCGCCACCUCCGCCGACCAGUGCCCCACCGCCCAGCGGACCCCCACCGCCCAGCGGACCCCCACCUCCCAGCGGCCCCCCGCCGCCGUCCAGCGAAGCCAGCGCACCACAAGAUGCACCACCGGCUUCCUCGGCUCCUGCACCCGCGUCUGGCAGUGCUGCUCACCUGCAGUUGUCCGGUGAAGAGGCUUAUUUGGCUCGUAUGCGUCUGGGUUGAGACCCAACGCAGCGCUCUACGCGCUGCCUUUUUGGAUUUUUCUUUUGUUUUUUUGAACAUGAAUUUAAAAUUAAAUC